GUCAGGCUGAGCAACAAGAAAAAGCUAAAUAUGAAAAAAGGGCUGCUCGUGGUGAAAAAUCAAGCAAUCAGGCUCUCCGGAUGGAAAAGGAGCUUAGUGGGCAUUUAAAUGAUGAGGGGACACAUGGGGAUGUUGGAGGGUACAGUCCUGGCAGAAAUUUGAGAGAGUAUGAAAUCAAUGAAUUGAGAAUGCAAGCUCUAGAGAACCAAGAAGCAGAAGUCGAAGCACUUGGGGCUCAGCUAGAAAAGCGUCAGGCUGAGCUACAAGAAAAUGCUAGAAAUGAAUAUAGUGCUCCUCCACAGAACCAAGAAGCAGAAGCAGAAGCAGAAACACUUAGGGCUCAGCUAGAAAAGCGUCAGGCUAAGCAACAAGAAAAGGCUAAAUUUGAAAAAAGGGCUGCUCGUGGUAAAAAAUUGAGCGAUCAGGCUCUCCGGAUGGAGAAGGAGCUUAUGGUCAGACCAAAACAUGGAAGAGAUCUGCAAACUCCACAGAACCAAGAAGCAGAAGCACUUAGGGCUCAGGCCGAGCAACAAGAAAAGGCUAGAAAUGAAUAUAGGGCUGCUCGUGGUGAAAAAUCGAGUGAUCAGGCUCUCCAAAGGGUUUGGGAGCUUGAUGGGCGCAUGAAUGAUGAGCAUAGACAUGAGAAUCUUGGAGGGCACAGUCUUGAUAAAGUUUCAAGAGAGAAUGAGUUGAGGGAUGAAAUCAUCAUUAAAAAAAAUGUCAUCACGGAGAAAGAGGGAGAACUUAUGAAAAGUCGUGAACAAUUGUUUAGUGGAGAGUCGAUGCUCCAGUUUAUAGGCUCUCUUAUGUUGUUGAUUGCAUUAUUGACCGAAUGGCCAACUGAGGAUGCGCCUUGGACAUUUGAUACAUUGGUCGAAAAGGUUCAAGCAUACAUGACUGUUGUUUUCAAAUGUAGAGUGGAUGCAUUUGGAAGGCUGAACCAAGACUUUGAUAGAUAUGUGAAUUCCUAUGUGCAAUUUCUUCAGAGAGCUUCUGAUUGUGGUUUUCGUUACAGGCGAACAGGUCUAACGCACUUUUCAUUGAACAGCAGACCCAAUAAUCUUGUGAAUUUGAGGCAUCUAGAUGAAGAGUUGAGGGCUGCCAGAGAAGAAUUGAAAAAUCUACUGCGGACCUUAAGAGCAGCGGCUGCUGAGUGAUGUUUGUAUGGUAAGCAAAAUGUCUCCUUUUCUAUUCCCUUUGCAGACAAAACACUUGAGGAUCACAAAGGCCUGACAUCAAUUUGAUGUAGUUAUAAUCUUUUGGUUGUUUUGUUCUUGGGAUUCUGAUAUCAUAUUUCACUCGUAGCUGGAUAUUUGAUUCACUUGUCCUUGCUUGUAUAUUUCUAACAUCUUACUUAAGUAAUUUGGUUGCUCUCUUUCCACCUUAGCAUCCACAAACAUGAGGUAUGGUUUUGUAUAAAUUAAGCAUACCGUAUCAUUGCUUGCAUGUGCUUCCAUUUUGUAGAUAUCCACUGUCCUGGCAACAAGGGGAAGCUCGUAAAACUAUAACAGGAAAGCUUGGGAAUUGGAAUAACCAAUGCUGUAAUAGUCACUUGGAAGACAUUAUUGUUCCCAGAUGUUUUAUUUCCCAGAUGAAACUGUUUCUUUUACGUAUAGCACUUGGUAAUGAACUUUUGGUUGACAUGAAAUCUCAUUCUCCACGGUUGCUAUAUUAGGAAAACUUGCCUUUUUUGACAGGGCCUGCUGAUGAGUCAACAUGAAUAAUCUCUUCUUGAUUCAUGUUAGGCUUGAGGGUGGUAGCUAGAUUCUGAUGACACAUGCAGUCCACUUUGAGUAAUUAAACCACACAAGCAAAAAACGGCGAAUAAGAGUGUGUGUGUGUG